AUGACACAUAACUCCACAGAAUAUAAAGCACUGAUUUUGGGUUUGGAAGCACUUAUCGCUAAGGGAGUGCAGUUUGUUUUAAUCUAUGGGGAUUCUCAACUUGUUAUUAACCAGGUGUUGAAACGGUACGCUUGUAAUUUUCCUCAUUUGCGUAGAUACCGAGAUGUACUCCAUCUGUUACAUAGAAUCGGGGAAGUAGUUUUUGAGCAUGUACCAAGAGCAGAGAAUCAGUUGGCUGAUAAUCUGGCUCAGAGUGCCUGUCAGCAGUUGAUUGGCAGUGUCGAUUCUGAGACUGUUUGGAGAGCAGAGAUUAUGGUGUAUUUGGAAUCUCCAGAUUCUACCACUCAUGUUCGUAUUCGGUUAAAGGCUUUGCGUUUUCAUCUUAUUGAUGGGAUUUUAUAUAAAAGAACCUUUGAAGGGGUUUUAUUGAGGUGUUUGAGACCUGAGGAGUCUAUUAAAAUAAUGAAGGAGGUCCAUGGAGGAAUAUGUGGCGCGCAUCGGGCAGAAUGUCAGAGGCAUGGUCCUUUAAAUCAUCUGCCAGUAGUAGAAUUGAAGACAAUGGUUAAACUUUGGCCAUUCAAAGCUUGGGCCUUAGAUGUAAUUGGGAAAAUUCAUCCAACCUCGUCAAAACAGCAUUCUUUCAUUUUGGUGGCGACAGAUUAUUUUACCAAAUGGGUAGAAGCAGCUCCCUUGAAGAAUGCAACGCAGAAAGAAAUGAUUGAAUUCGUACUCAAUCAUAUCAUCUAUCGAUUUGGAAUUCCUCACACUCUCACAACUGAUCAAGGGUUGAUGUUUACUGGGGAAAAGUUUGUCGAGUUUUUGGCCGAAUUUAAUGUUAAGCUACACCAUUCUUCGCCAUACUACCCACAGGCGAAUGGAUUGGCCGAAGCAGCAAAUAAGAUUAUUAUCGGUAUUAUUCGGAAUAUGAUGGAGGAGAAUCCAAGGAAAUGGCAUACUUUGCUGCCUCAGGCGUUGUGGGCUCAUCGAAAUAGUAGAAAUACCUCUACUGGAUUCUCCCCAUACCAAUUAACAUUCGGGCAAGAUGCAGUAUUACUUGCAGAAUUUGUCGUGCCUUCACCCAGGGUGAUCAGUAAGACAGCUUGUAUUGAUGAGGUGUAUUUACAAAAGAUGUGA